AUGUUAGCGACUGAAACGCCUGAGCAAACGCUCGAGCGCAAGCGUAUCGAUGCACUUCGUAUGCGCGAAUCACGAGGCCGUCUUGAGACAAACAUUGAGGGAAAAGCAGCUAUCAAGGCUGGCAAUAUUCAACGUGCAGCCCGACGUGCCCAGCUUCGUGAUAACCUUGAUCCCAGGACAAGGUCGACCUAUGAUGUAUCGCAGAGCCUAUACAACCAUGCAUACAUCGAGCAAAGAAAGGCCACAGAAACAGUUCAAGAGAAAGAGACUCGUAUGGCCAGACAGGCUGCGAACACUGAUCGAUAUCGCACGAAGAAAAGAGCCGAAGAUCCAAAGUUCAGAGAACAAGAUCGAGCUUACAGAAACGACUUCAAAGAGAGAAAGCGGGCAGCAGAUCCUGAUUUCGACGAAAAAGAAAGGCUAAAAGGAAAGCCAGAGACAAGAAGAAGCAGCAGGAUAGCCAAACAACGGACGCGGACUACAAAGCGAGAAAACGCAGCAGAUCCUGAUUGGGACGAAAAGGAAAAGUUCAAGAAGAAGACCGGAGAAGUCAAGAAGAAGAAGAAGCAACAGCUUUUGAUGCAAGGGGGUCAGCAAACCCUCGACAGCUUCGUCAGUAGCAACAACGCGACCCAUGACAACAAGCCCUCACCUCUAGCAGACGUCGGCAAUGGUCGUCGGCCUGGUCUCUGGUAUUGGAACCGGAAGGCCUCACGUCCAAGUACUACUCGUAGGAGUACGUCAAGAACGACAAGGCCAGAUGAUUUCUGA